AUGGGGAGCCUGAUAGCAGGAGAUCUAUGCGAACUGGUAAUUAGACUCCUAGAACAGAAAGUACUGCCCGACCUACUCCACAAUAUUAUUACAUACAAAAGAUAUGUGGAUGAUAUAAUCAUUUUAUGGAAAUCUAAACCUGACAUAAUGGCAGUCAUAGCGGCAUUUAAUAAUAACUCGUAUGGAUUAACUGUGGGCCUCGAACAGGAGAGCAACAAACAAAUUCAUUUUCUCGACGUGAACAUCAUAGUUAAAGAAAGGUCUAUCAACACAGAGGUAUACAGAAAACCUCAGGCAGAUCAAUUGUAUAUCCCUGCGCAUUCAUGUGACCCAUGGCAGUAUAAGAUAGCAGCCUUUAAUAACUUGGUGAAUAGAGCAUACACCCACUCAUCGACAUUGCGGGCACUGGAUACAGAGAUCAACACCAUUAAUAUCAUGGCCAAAAGACAUGGAUAUAAUAGUAGUAUAGCCAUGAGGAUCAAAAAACUGAUGCAUUCACGAAGAACAGAUCUAACAGAACCGCAAGGGCAACAAAGUAACAUUCAGAAAGACAGAAUCCUAGUCACUUACAAUCCGUACUUAGAGAAAAUCUACAAAGAGAUCGCCAAAACAAAACAAGCCUCCUUAAUAUUUAGAAGAUGUCCCACUAUAUUUAGAAUGCUAAAUAAUGCAAAAGACACUCCACACCAAAACAAAUUAGCAGGAGUAUACAGGAUCCCUAUAAAAGAUCAUAGGUGUGAUAAAAGUUUAGUAUACGUGGGAUCGACAAAAAGACCGUUGGAGGUGAGGAUCAAAGAACACAAAGCAGACAUCCUACAUAAAAGAUAUUCUACAGCAUUAGCACAAUUUGCCACGGACCCUGAUAUACAAGCUGUAUUUGACGAGGCAAAGGUAAUUUACACCACACAGCUAAUACAGCAUUUGCGCUGGAUGGAAGCGAUAUAUAUCUAUAAAACAGCAAGAGAAGACAACUGUAUAAACAAUAAAGAUGAACUGUCCUUGUCGAUGGCAUGGCAAACUCUUAUUUACGACACUUGA